AUGUGUCUAGUCUACAAAGGUAUUCAGCCACACUGUUUUCAGGUUCUUCAGUUAGAUCGUAAUUUUGAACGUCGGCAAUAUGGUGUUCUACAACCAAUUGCGUUUUCUCUCGCUACGGCACUAGAGCAGCAACAACAGCCUUUUGAGAGAAAAAAACAAGUUGAUGAAGUCAUUCAUGCAAAUGAUAUUGCGACACUUACUCGCUUGCUGAAUAGUCUCGAGAUGGACUUUGGUACACGCUUUUUUCGUCCUACUGAUCCAUCACACAGUCCAUCGGGAAUGGUCGAAGCACAUUGGAGAAAUAUUCAUGUAGACUCGACGACUGACUCGACGUUUUGUUGUUUCUGCGAUAGCAAUACAGAGAGCAUGGUCGAAGGUCCAUUAAACCCACAAUUUCGUCAGGCAGAGUACGAGUUCUUAAUGCGUCAGCACUGCCGGAAUGUGUAUCAGCCGCUUAAACAGUUUAUGACACGUCAUUUGCAGCAUGUGCGCUAUGUGCGUCCUCCACAUGGAUGGAACGAGGCAGGAGAUAAUUUGCAAGGAAACCAAUGGCUUGACCUCAUUGCGGGCUUUACGUCUGGUGGCGUGCUUUGCGGCGUUUAUUUGACAGACGUUCGUAUUCCACGCUCCUGGAUCACUGCGCCUGGCGCGUAUCCUUUUGACGGUAGUGCAAUUGAUCUUACUCGUCUCCGUAUUGCGUAUUAA